GCCCGCCGUCCUCACUUCCGGCGCCGACUUCCGGCGGCGGUGGCGGCGGUGGCGGCGGAUCCGUGGAACGAGUAGCCUACACCCCACGCCAUGGCGUCUCAAAGCGCUGGGCCGGCGGAGCUGGGCUUCGUGGAGCCGGCGCCGUCGUGGCGGCUGCGCAGCGAGCAGUUCCCAAGCAAGGUGGGCGGCCGGCCGGCGUGGUUGAGUGCGGCCGGGCUGCCCGGGCCCCCGGAGCUGGCCUGCCCGCUGUGUGGCCGCCCGAUGGCCUUCCUGCUGCAGGUGUACGCGCCGCUGCCGGGCCGCGCCGACGCUUUCCACCGCUGUCUCUUCCUCUUCUGCUGCCGGACGCCGCCAUGCUGCUGCGGCCUGCGCGUUUUCAGAAAUCAGCUCCCCAGGCAAAAUAACUUCUACUCCUACGAGCCACCUUCUGAGGAUCCUCCGUCAGAGACAGGAGAGUCUGUAUAUCUCCACCUCAAGUCUGGUGCACAUCUCUGCAGAGUUUGUGGCUGUUCAGGCCCCAAAAGAUGCUCCAGAUGUCACAAGGCACAUUACUGCAGUAAGGAGCAUCAGAGUCUGGACUGGAGAUUAGGACAUAAGCAGGCUUGUGCACAGACAGAUAAUUUGGACAAUACAGUUCCAGAUCACAACUUCCUUUUUCCAGAAUUUGAAAUUGUAAUAGAAACAGAAGAUGAGAUUAUGCCUGAAGUUGUGGAAAGAGAUGAUGAAUCAGAGAUUAUAGGAACCAUGGGUGAAGCACAUAUGGAAGAAUUGGAAUCCAUGGCAAAACAUGAAUCUAAGGAAGAUAGAAUUUUCCAGAAGUUUAAAACUAAAAUAUCCCUUGAACCAGAACAGAUUCUCAGAUACGGCAGAGGGAUUGCCCCGCUCUGGAUCUCCGGUGAAAAUAUCCCUCAAGAAAAGGAUAUUCCAGAUUGCCCCUGUGGUGCUAAGAGAUUAUUUGAAUUCCAGGGUAAUUUGAGGACUGACCCAAAACGGACUGGCGCUCGGCACCUGACGCCUGCGACGAGCUCGUGCACAGCAGUCUGGUGGCGGUGGUGGCAGAGCGCUGCCUCGGACUCAUCCCAGGCCAGGCCCUCAGGCCCCUUUCUGGUCCAAACAAACACAUCGAUAGACUGCCUUUCUGUGUUCCACAGUAGUGUUUCUUCAGAGUCAUAGCAACGGCAUCUUCCAUUCAGGUUGUAAACAGCACAAAAUAAAAGUUGCCCAAAUAGAAGCCUCUGCCCUGUUUUUGUGGCGUUAUUAUUAAUAAAAAAUAAUUAGCUUAACAGCCAGGUUAAACACAUCAGCCGAUCUUAUACUUGGGAACUUCUUUCUCAGAUAAAAGGACACCAGAUAUAAAGAGGGACUUUAAAGAAGCACAGAGCUGCAAAGUAUUGUUAGAUUGUUAGUAAGUUACCAGUGUAAUGUCUGCAACCUUGCUGUAAAAUGUGGAGACUGAGAGAUCGGGAUCCCUACAGUAGCCCUGGCAGGGAAGAUCUGGUCUGUUGAAAACUGUGUGUGCUCCUCAUCUCCAAGGAGAGCUCUGAUUGUGCCA